CGCAAUACAUCCAUUCUUACAUUUAAUACUUGUUUACUUCCUGUACUCGAUCAUUAAUCGCUCUUUGGCAACAAACAAUCAAAACGAAAAUCAUUAAAACACAGUAAUGCCAAUCGAAUACGCAGGAAAGUAGCGGUUUAGGGAACGAUUAUGCAACUCAAACCUAAUCUAUUGUUUAAGAGAAAUACGACCUUUCCAUCCCAGCGCCAACUACCAUACUGAAACGUAUGCACACUCUUAUACGCGUUAGACGAAUCUAAUUACAAAUUAACAAACGAUAUGAACAAAUAUUCUCACCACUGUAUAACGAUCCGCUGUGUCAAGCACACACACACAAGCAAACCCGCGGUACAGCUUUGCAUAACUUUUUGUAAUGAUCACUAUCUUUCCACUACCAAUCGUGCUGAUAACAGAAACUCAUAAUUAAAGGGAAGUACUACAAGUAUCUCGAUCGAAUCUCGAUGUUGGGUGACGCGCGUGUUAGGUACUGUAGGACGAAAUGAAACUCCAUGAACUCAAGAUGAAGAGAGAGGAAAAAGAAUCGAUUAAGGAAUUAUUAAUGAGAGCGCACAAACACAAUGCAGCAGGCAUAUUGUAAACGUUAUUAUGCGCCACGUAACGUGCAUUACUCGGAUUUAGCAAUUAAUGACAUAGCGUUAAUCAUAUUAAUACCGUUUAGUAUGACAUAAUUAUAUUAAUCGCGUAGUAGUAUUACGACAACCUACAACUUUUAGUACUCAAAUUACUACUACUAUUACUACUUCUAAUACCACUGUAACUACCACUAAGUACCUCGUUGAUGAUGAAGAAGAAUCGCGAUGCGCGAACAACAGUACUAGCACAAAACCAUCUGCCUAUCCCGCUCUCUGUUCACCUCCUCCAUCACUUUCCAUUUUCCAAUUACACUAGCAUUAAUUGGUUCUAACGUCCGCUAUCGCGCCAUCGAUGCUGCACCCUUUAUACUGCACAUUGGGAGAAGGGUUCCGGAAUCCCUUCCUUUCUGUUUUGAAAAUAGUUCAAAAGCUAUCGUCAUUUAAUAAGAAUUGUUUUAAUCCGUCGUGGGUCUUGCGGAUACGGAGAAGGAUCAAUCGAUCAACCCCAAGGGCUACUCUUCUCUCGCGCUAUCUCGCGCUGGAAGACGAAUCUCUGUAACAACCCAUGUUGUGCCAUUCUCUCGCAAUCCGAUUAACUCAUCCCGAUCUAUGAUUCGCCGUCCUGUUAACCAGUUACCUGCUUCCUUUAUUCCUCUACUCUCUGCUCUCUUAUUAUCUGUUAAAAGCACCCCAAACCUUUUUUAACCUACGACAGCUUUAACGUUAGGUUAACACGCCGAAGACCUAGUCUCUAAUUUUGUUAUAUUUAUCCUUUAGUUUUAAACACACAGCCACAUUAUUAACUGACAUUUUUCUAACGUCAUUAUGUCAUAGUUUGUUCUUAAUGAGCUUAUUUGUUUGUUUUUAACGUUUGCUUCAAACACCAUUCAUCUACCGUUUAAUGGACUGCGAUAGUGACACUGAAUGGCUGAUGUGAAGCAACUGAUAUUGUUGUAUAUUUCCCGAUCCUGUGACCGCCCUGCGUUGGUCACUAAUGUGACCCAUAAAGGUGUGGCGUAACUAUUGUGCCAAAGCAUCUUAGAUGUCCUGUUUAUCAAAAUGGUUUACAUAACUUUAGAAACAAAGUUGCAAAAAUGUAGAUGGCUAGAAACAAAAGUAAGACAGAAAGAGAGACAAUGAAUGAGAGAAAAAAUAGUUUGUGAUAUGGGGCUGCUUAGCUUGUCUAGAAUCGAACAUAAUCUGGAAAUGUGGCUUUCUGCCGUGCAAUAAGAUAUUAAUGAGAUCUGUUGCUUCCCUGUGGUUCCACUUUUCACUCAGUCUUAGCUGAAGCUUUCUGAGUAGUGAGGAUUAUAUGCAUCUUUUCAACGUGCACAAAACCAAAACGUAUUUUUUUGGUUUACACCACUCCAUCGCCAUAUAGCACAGAGGUGAGAAAUGUGGUAGAUAUGUCUUCUACACCCGCAACCAGCGGUAGGUUGAUAUUGGUACAGUAUCAUUUGAAUUUGAACCAUAAAGGAUCUUCUCUCUGCAUGGAUUUAGUUUCAUGCUGAGCAAACGAGAUGGCAGAGUGAAGAAAUUGUAAGGGUUCGAGGGGGUGGGGUAGGAUGAGGGGAGGGUGUGAAGACACCUUAAAGACGGAAGUUAAUCGGAUUAGUGAUGAAAUGGCUACACAAUAUGUAUCGAUGCAGAAUAACCAAGCGCAUAUACUACGACGUGAUCGACUAUCUGGUUUUGGAUCUUCAAAAACCCCUCUGAAACUUAAAUUGAAAUGUAGACACCACCUCAUCAACGCGAUUUAUCAGAAUCUUGACAAUGUGGAUAGUAUCAGUAUGAAUCCUUCUGGUGCCAUGAUUAGCAAGGGAAAAUGUUGGGAAUGUUUAUUCCCUUUUACCACCAUUAGCAGCACAUACUGCAGCUGUGAAUAGUGCUUCCAAUUUCUAUUAUCCUCUUUGCAGAUUAUUUUCUUAUUGCACAUAUACCAUUCAGGAAGAUACCACAAUCGCAAUGGGAUACGUGGAGCUGCUGAAGAGGAGUAGCAGUCAGUGUCGUAUUUUUCGCUUUUGCGAUAAAAACAAUAUAUUGUGCAGUUAUUUCAGAGAAAAAAUCUGAAGAAUUCAGCUUCGUUGAGGCAGGCUGAACGUGCCAAGAGCAUUGUGUAUUUUGGAAUGGAAACUUAGAAAAGAGAUGGCGAACAGCGAUGAAUUUAAGCUAUACCAAUCAUGUGGGAAUCUACGAUUCAGCAAUAGCCAAAUGGCUUCAAUCAAACAAUACUGGAGAUGAAUCUGAUUAUAUGAGUGUUAAGAAAGUAUUUCAUAAGGCAGUAAUUAAUGCUUUUAAUUGAUCAAGAUUUUUUAUGAAUAACUAUUAAGAAAAAAAAGAUCCUUGGCCUUUAAGUGCCCCUUACCGUUGCAGGAUGACUCGUUUACAAAGUAAAACAGCAAUGACAGCUGUUGUUGAUGCGCAAACAAUUAAUGCAAUCCUGAAGCAGGUAGACCGAUAAUCUCUGGAACAGAAAGUGCCCUUAGCUACGCGUAACGCUGAUAGGUUUAGUCAUCAUAGUAUAUGGCGUAAGAGAAGUUUAUCACAGUAAGGACAGAGAAAUAUGCUAUAAAAUCUUUCAAAUACUUUAGUGCUCACCGUAGCAUUACAACACUCAUCAGCAGUAUCUCUCGAAUCAUGAAACCGUAUUGAAUCUAUCAACCAAUCUGCAAGGGGGAACAUAUUUGGCAGCCUGUUUAGAUGCGAAGUUAUCAUAACAGGCAUAUAUUCGUGUUGCAAGAAAAAUUACCGAAGCUUGUAACAAAUACUCGAGUUUACGGUGGUUUGAUGACCAUCCUGGCGUCAUAACUUCUGCAGCAUACAGCACAUCGCUACUUACAGCUAACACAAUAGGUAAAGCAAUGAUUUAAAAAAAUCUAUAAUCUCUUACACGCCCUUAGCAACUAAGCUUUUCGUAACUAUAAGAGCAUUAAUAACUUUUAGCACGCGUCGAGUCGCACUCGUCACCGUUGCCUUUACCUUUACUCUAAAGAACGCUGAUUUCUUUGAUCAUCUACUUUUGAAUAAUUAUUCUCUGGCUAACUUUAACACCAACAGUUUCCCCGUGCAAUGGUAACAUGUAAGUCUCAUUUACAUAACUCUAGCAGCAGUCGUAGAGAAGCCGUAUCUGAAUCUCCUAAAGGGUUCUUCGGUGCAUCAUCAUAUUCGCUGUUUGUAAUGCUUUUCUAAUACUGGAGAUUAAAUUAAAACGUCUCACAGGAUAAUGGAACCGGUACUAUAACAAAAAAAUAGUCAGUAACAAAUAAUUUCCUUCAGAAAAUUCGCCGGCUGUCUUGGGAACGAGUCACCGCUAAAGGAUGAACAACAUCAAAAAGCAGCGAAAAAGGAGGCCCUGUAACGAAGCUUAAUAAUUGCACUGGUACUCUACUAUUAAUACAUUUUCUAGUUUCUUUACUCGCUGCUCUAGCUUCCAUUCUCUUACGUUUGCGCUACUACCAUUACUACUACUACUACUACUACUUCUAUUACUACCAUUAAUUAAUCAAACAAAUAAUAAAGCAAAAGACGGAUUACGUUAACCAGACUUUUCAUUAAUUUUUAUAUUAUCGCUACCCUUUAUCUCACCUUCCUAAUACACACCACGGCCACAUCCAUCCGCCAUUCCACUAUGUAUCAUAUACAAACUCCUUUCUUCCUAAUCUAACUCCCAAGCUUCCAUAUGUUUCAAAUGUUAAACCUGUCUCCCAUUGACUUGUUUUCAAGUCAGUAAGCAUUUAGAGUCUCGAUUAUUUUGCAAUGUAUCUAAACAAAAUAAUUAAAUACCGAAAAACUCUUGCUUAUUCCAAAUCAUCUUUCCUUCCCGCUCAUAUCCUUCCAUGGCGCGACGUGGCGCGUAACAUGAAUUUGAAAGAAACGUUUAACCCCAGGUUUGUGAUCGGUGUACUCUUCAACUUAUCGCAAUGGGACAUGUAAAACACCUUUAAUCAAAUUGCAUCGGAUUAACCAAAAGAAAACAUAUGUACUUUAUUAUUUUACUUAACUUUUUCUGCAUAGAUAACUACUAGUAAAUGCUUGUUUUGUAUAGGCAUACGGUUGGUGGGUUUAAGGUUCUUUUGGGAUGUGUACUUAAGCAGCUGACAAUUCGCUAACCAACACAAAAACCUCAUUCAUGUGAACGGGCAGAGAUAUCAGUAUACGGGAGCGAAAACGUGCACCUUCGGCCAAAGUACGCCGGUGGAUCACCUAAUUUUUCUAUCAAAUGUACGGGCCAAAAACCCACGAAUACUCGGGUCAUGAUGGGCGCUGUCACGUAGAGCGACUUAUUAGAUAGCGGUUCCAAUGAUUCAAUGUUGGCCAUCGUUUCGUAAAUUAAAUUGUGACUAGCCUGUUUCCCCCCUGCCUCCACCCAGGAGCUUUAAACAACCAACAAAUUCGUCGAGACAAAAACAGAAAGAGUAGAACGAGAGAGUCCACUGUAGCCUUUGGUUGGUUGGGACAAGUGUCUUUGAGCUUAUCGCAGGCAAAAGAGGAUUGCGGUAUUGCGGGCUGCUCGUUCAUAUCUUAUAUCAUCAGAAGCUAUCUUAAUUAGCAUACAGCUCGAACGUCACCACGCUCUUCUACGGGGUUGUCACAGUACCACGUUCGAGAAAAAGGGGAUCGUUUAUCUCUCUUCGCUGGUGUAUAGCCUUGAGAGUGAGAUCAAAAAAAAAUGCUGUCGUGUAAACUUUGUUCUGCGACGCCCGAUAGCCCAAGGAAAUAUCUUGGAGAAUUUGGAGAACGUGCAGCUAGCACAAUGUUUUGGAUGUAUAAAUCUCUCUAGAUUAUGAUGAAGCUUAUAGCCUCCACUUGUACCUUGCCUCUGAACACGGAAGAAAUUUCUAUUAAAUGUUCAUUAUUUCUGUAAAUACCGAGCCAAAAUCCCCUCUCUGCACGGCUAAUACGCCUUUAGACGCACAUAGCCCCACACCAGCUCGUCACGACUUCAUGCUACACCCUGGAAUCAGGUUCUGGCAAUAAGCAAGAUAGAAACAAAAAAAAACCCUAAGAUAAAAAGGCCAAGUAUAGGUUUUCACAGAAACGAACGGAUCUCUGGUUACACGCUCCGGUGGACCUUCUUGGUCACGAAAUUAAUUUCCACCGAAAAACGAAAUGCGACCACAUUCCUCGGUUUUAUACUCUGAAUUCAAUGUUCAGAGAACAUUGAACAGAAAUCCUCCUAAGACCAAAUUGGUUAUGCUCUGCGAGUCGUUUGACGCAGGACGCUGCGCAGGAAAUUAUCUCAUAAAUAAUUUAAUUUGUAAUGACGUGUUCAAGCAAUGUGUGAGGGUUUGUGCUACAACAAGUACCACAAGUACUGUGACGUUUGUUUCUCGCGAGCUUUUGAAGCAUCUCGAUUCUGAGGGGUUGAUCAUCCACCUCGAAAUCUGACGAAAAAUUGGUUUGCUCACACACGGGUGACAACGCAUGUAACUCGCGAUUGUGACGCGAUCGGUGUACUCAUAGAGGCGUGCGUGCUCGUGACGGUUUCGCCUUGUGGGUGUGUGUAAUUUUGGAUGGCACUAUGCUUUGCUGACUGGCAGGAUGGGGUGGCACAGAAAAAAGGGGAAAAAGUAGUUAUCCGCGGCUAUUCGCGUGGCAUUGCGCUAAAUUAUUUAUAGCCCGUGACACAGUCCACCGCUGUGCGCAUCGAAAAGAAGGAGGUAUGGGAGCAUAGAGUCGUGGGGCCGCGAACCAAGCAGGCAGAGCAGGGCCCAUGUGAUGAUGAUGCUGCUGCUGCUCCCGUGCUGAGCUAACUGGUCUGGUAUCACGUUUGAUGAGAGAAGCAAAGCGAGUGCUCGGGGUGGACGAGAUGUUUUCCCCUUUACUAGCGAUCUGAUGCUAGGGGGAGACCUUGCUGAGAGGCGACGACCUUACGGUGGCCAGUGUGGCGAUGUCCGCCGGUUCGCCUCGCAAGAUUCGAUCUCUGUGGAUGAAACGCAAACCACGAGAACGCUGGCCGCGUAAUAUACGCUGGAAACCGGAAAACGCCUCCCCGGUCGCAUGAUUCGAUUAGCGAAGGCUCGAAGAGAGUGCCACGGUCGUGGUUGCUACCGUGUGCAACCACUUUUCUGGUAAGAGCCAGGCGAUACACGAGUUCGACAUUUCGUGUGCGUACGUGUAUGCUUGAGUGUACGUGUGGAAAAAAGGGGCAGACUAAUAAAGUAAUCAUGUACCUCCACCCUAUACUCGUCCUCUCCGUUUGUCUGCGAAUGCCUGCGUGAAGAACUGGAAAAUUCCAUUUUUCAUCCACCGUCACUCUACCAGUGGCGUUCUUUUGCAAAGUCGAAAUCGAGAGGUUCAGAAUAGCGGAAGGAAGCGAAUGACGUUGCGCGAAUUGUCUGACCGUGCCGGAUGGCGGACGCGACCGUCAGCUUGCGAAGGGUGUCUUCCAGAGUUGAUUGGAUUGAUUUACGCUCUCGGUUCAAUUAGUUGGAAGAUCAAAUGGCCAGAGGGGAUGAAGGAGUUUUCUAAUUAAUUUCAUAUUUGAUGUAAAAUUUCAACGCCAAAUUGGAUGUUGGAUACUGGCGCCAGUGUGUGGAUUCUCUGGAGGCGCAGCGGAACACUGCAGAGAGAGCCAAUCAGGUAUUCAAUCAGAGUUGGGCCCUCAGAAACUUCAUUGCAUUAGGACUUUAGAUGCUCUACAUGCUUCUGCUUUGUUAGACAGCCUUCUUGAGUAGUUACAACGAUUGCCAGUACUACCUUUAUGACACCAUUGUGCGUACUGGAAGUAGUGGUUCUGUUUGCUCUAAUGUCAUAAUACAUCAUUGGAUCACUGAGGACACCCUCGUUUCCUAUACGGUCCAGCAAAAAAUUCAUGACCUACGUAUGUGCGUUAUAUGCAUAACGAUCGACUAAUGACCGUUCGUGCAAAUAGUAAGCCUAUCCUAGAGGCGUCCGUAAGUUCGAUAAGUCGAACUUAGGAGGUGCCUGGUACAGUUCAGCAACAAACUCAGUCGCCUGUCAUUAACUGAGCGAAACGCUUUUGGCUAGCUAAUGGCCAUCAUGCCGUCUUCUUUACUCUCCGUCCAAGAUUAGCAGCCGGGCGUCGUCCUAAUGGGGCGCGACUGUUUACAAAUGCUCUCCGCCUCGCCAACCCGCCAUCGUUGACAGCUGUCUCACGUGUUUCCGAUAUAGCUAGCUCCGGCGGGAACGGAGUCAAGCAUGUAUGUGCGCCUGAUGGUCUCUGAACAAGGCCUUUUGCUGACUUUGUAGAACGAGAUGGGGCCAGCGUGUCGUGUAUCUUCUUUGCUUAAUGUUGUACCGCUUCAAAACAAAAAAAUCAUGACCGGGACACCAAGAUUGUGCCAGCACAUCUCAUCUCAAUAGUUCCCCUUGGCGGCCACUAGCGGCCAUUACUGAUAGUUUUCACGGAACUCUUGCCAACUCCAUUCUCGCCGAUCGGUUUCGAUCUUGCCCUCCAAUCACCACAACCUUGGCGACUGCGUCCUACUUGAUGUCACGCAUCUUUCGCUUGCUGGUAUGUCCCCUGCUUGGAGUGGUGCAUGGUAGUGUUGGUGGUGUUGCGAGCGAGAACGUAGCAAACCGGUCUAAUGAGCCAGCCGUUCGCCGCGUUUCGCCAAUGUGCUGCUUAGCCUCACGGCCCGGCAAUGGCCUCACGCCCAACACUGGCCCACAGGGAAGGUAUGCAAAUACGAUAGGCCCGAAGAAGAACAACAAAAAAACAACAUAAAAAGGGUAAAGAUCAAACAGAUCGCCAGUCCCUCCCAUUCGAGAUGACCACAUCGACCAUCCGAUAUGAUAGAAUGACGAAGGUUUUUUGUUUUUGGAGCGCUUUUGUCCGGAAUGGUUAGGAUUCGAUGUGAGCGCAAAUCACUGGAAUGGGUUGUCCUCGCUGUGUGGGUGUGUAUGAUAUUUUUGGUUUUUUUUGAGGAAUUCCAAGAGAUUAAAAUCUAGGACUGCUCAUGGUGAUCAUUUGAAUAUGAAUUUUCAAAUAUACGCUGGUCUCUCUGUUUGUCGCGACAACAGAUUAGUCCUUUUUUGUGAAUGCUAAGUUGUGAUUGGAUGUCUCAUGUAAGUGACUGAUUGCUUGAUAACGCUACUAUCGCUGGAUACUAGAAUCAGUUUGUUCUUUUGCGCAAGCGCAAUCUAAACGAUUUCAACCACAUAUGGAUUUGUUUUUUAUCUGUACUUUUCAUGAAGCUAGGAUGCCCUUAUCUCAAAAUAUUUUUUUGUAUUCAGUGUUUGGAACGGUACGCACGACUGUUUCGUAACUCGUUAGUUCGUGGUACAUUGUUUUCGUACAUGUACGGGUUAAAAUGUCCCAGCAUUUCUCUCAAUUUUUGUUACUCACUCUUUGUCUCUCUGUCUCUCUAAUUCUUGAACUACUUAAACUUCCCACUUAGCCUUAAGGAAGUGCUCCCAGCAGCACCAAACAUGUACAUAAUGUUUUACUACGCAAACAGGAUACAAACACAUAUCUCUACGGUACCGCCGAACAACCAGGGAGUAAGCUCAGAAACAGCGGUCACAGUCUUAUCACUGCCGCCGGUUUGUCGAUGCUACUCUCUAGGUUUGAUCCGUGCGCCCUCAUUAAGAUUAGUAUGAAGUAGGUUAAUUAGCAUGAUUUCCAUGACAAACAUUAAGCAAUGGUGGACCUUUUUCCCUCAAUCUUCUUUCCCUUUUCCACUCCUACCGAUUCGGUGUCUGCCAGUAAUGUAGUUCUUCGUCCAGUAGUUCUAACAUACUGAUUCUAAUCACUGACCGACUGAUUUGAACGAAUGCUGCGCUGAUGUAAUGAAUCAAACUAAAUCAAUAAAACGCGGGUAGACGCGUCAAUAACUUGCACACAGACACUAUCACCCAUGCCACAGGUCAUCCUCCGGGUACUAAUCCGCCAUGCUAGAGCGAUAGCGAGUUGCCGGAAGGGAGAGGGUCAUGCGCACUACGUGUGGACAUUUUUUCCAAUGUAGUCCAGUCCUUGCUGCAUUGUGUGCCUCUUGUUGAACAUUUGUUAAUGAUGCGUUUACUGAUAACGGAUUGAGAUUAGUGAGCCUUAGGCGACAUCUUAGGGCACGAUGGCAAGCUACAAACUCAUAAGGCGAUCCGCUCGGAUCAACCAUAACAAUUCCCAUCUCCUCAUUGCUCCUGACGCCCUUCCCAUGCGUAGAACGUAUAGAACAUUAACGAGGCCGCCGUACCGCGGAAAGUAAGUAAGUGCGGUGUGCAAUGCUCUGAAUAACUUAUUUAGUUGAUAGUGAAAUGAUGGAAUUGACGGUUUUUUUAGAGGUAGUUUUGCUUUCGGCAAUGUUUGAAGUUUUACAACAAUAAUGGUAUGUGUGUGUCUGUGCGUGGUGUGUUUUGUGGCAGAAUGUAUAGUGUUUAAGCUGUAGCGACAGCAACGCAACGACGUAUUACACGAUCAGUAUGCAAAGUACAAGCAUUAGGAAGAAUUUUAUCUAUGGUAGUGCAUUUUGCAGAUUGUUUUACCCUUUUUUUAAUCUGUUUUAAUCUAAUUUAACUUAUUUGUUUGUUCUUUUGUGUUUUAAUUUUUAAAUUAAAUCUAUAUUCAAGUAUUUUUUUAACAAAACGCGAGAGAGAAAAAAUCAGAAAAACAACCACAAAGCACAUUUUCUGUAGUCGAAUAACGUAGUUUAACAAGGAUGUAUGCUUGUUGAAAGCUGGCCAGUGUCUCGGGAACGCAGUCAACGGCAGCUCAGACCUCGGAAAGACUGGUUGUACCAGAUGCGCAGCUAGGGCUGAGCAAACCUUUGAUUGCGCCCAAAAAUCACUAAAAUCACCAGACCAGGGCUAGCAUGAGACAAGAGGUUUGCAUAAUGGGGCUGGGCGCAUAAUUAACCGCUGGUGCCUCUGGUGCGAUGCGGCAUAAUGCAACGGAAUGCGAAGCAUUAAGCUUAAACGUAAAACAUAGGAAAACGGGAUGUUGGUAACCGACAAAACAAACAAAACAAAAAAACAAAUCAAGAAUGCCAUACUUAAUCGCUCUGUUCGCUAAGUAAGUGUUGAUCGUAAAUGUGUCUAGUAUGUAAGCAACAGAUGAAAAAGAUUGAGCAAACAUAACAUGAUGCAACAACAAGAACAUAAUAAGAGAGAUAAAUAGGUGAGACGACGCAAGGCUUUGGCAGGAAGUAACAAUUGUAAAUUCGCAAACAUUCGGCAGGGGAGACAUUGUUAAUCUAUUGCGCGCCAUAAUACUCUGAACACGCGGUUUCGCAGCUCCUUAGUAUUUUUUCUGUACUGUUGUGCUAGUAAUGUAAUGGAUAGUUGUCCUUAUAACCACUGGUCCACACAACACACCAUCUACAGCCAACUCACCAACAACCCCCCAAAACGAGAUCUACACACGCACACAUUCAUGCACACAUCUUCUCAACAAUAUUACACACUACUCAAACAAAUGCUACUCCUAACAACGUGGAACUCCCUACAUACACUAUACACUCACGCACGCACGUACAUACUCCGCCCUAACCCGAGAAGCCUUUGUAGCAUUCGGUGGGUGUGUGGGUGCGUCGGAAGCGAAAUCGAACACCACUAGGAGACCAGCGAUAGUAGUAACAGUGCAACUCACAGUAGUAACCCACGCGGAGCCCAAUGCCUGUGCGACUGUCCGCCUCACAGAACAUCAUGUAUCAUUACAAUUAAUACAGGAAUGUGCGAGUGCGAGCUCGAAGCGAAACAGGAGCGUGAAAGCAUAUUAUUAUUAUAAUAAUAGUAGUAGCAACAACAGCAGCAGUAGCAACAGCAGCAACAACAACAACAACUACUACUACUACUACAACUACAUCUCCCACUCAAACAAUGUUUGCCAGAAACAAAAACUUACGAUUAAAUAACCUUCUCUUUAAUCUGGAAUAAUACAGAGUUUGCUCAAAGUUUAAUAAAAAAUAACUCACUCAUCUGUUAGUUUUUACUUAUCUGCCGUGUUUUAACCGCCUUUUCCCCCUCAGCGCCUUCAGUCCUUCAGUGUGGCUCAUGUGAUCACCAAUCACCACCAACCCCUAUCGAUCGCCGGCGGUUGGUCCAUCUCCUUCCUAGCUGCGACUAGUACACCCAACCCAAUCCAACAAGCCAACAACACACCCAUACACACCACUCGCUCUCCAACUCUCUAUUUCUCCCUCUGUCUCUGUCUAUCUCUGUGUCUUGCUAGUUCUCACAGUGAUUAAAACCAAAUCUCCAUCUCACUGACACCGUUCAAGCUCUACCACCACCUACCCUUGCCACGUUUUUCCUGUAUCUUAAGAACUUAAUGGCACCAGUAGCACUGUUCCUGUUGGACAGGAACAUCAUUCUCAUGCGAACCAGCGGUGGUCAAUGUCGUCUCCUUACCCUCAAAACCAGACCUUUCACUUACCCAACAACGCACGGGUGGCUUUCCUGCGUGUUUCAUCAGGUUUUUUUUAACAUGGAAGCUCACAAGCGAAACAAUCGAGAUGCCUGUCGCUCCUGCAACGAAGGAUCAGUCAUUGUCUCUUGGGAAAAGAUUUACUUAAUCUAGCUAUGUAUCUAGCAAAUGUAUGUGCGUGUAUGUGUCUCUACUACCUCGGGCUCGGUGAUCUGCGAUCCUGAUAUCCUUGUUCGACUGGGUUUUGGGCCUAUGCUUUCGCCUGUUCUUCCCCACGCUGAUUGUGACUAAAUGCGACUCGCUAAUGGCAAUGACUUGCAAUCAGACAUCUUUCAUGCGUCCAUAAUCGUCAUCGUAAAACCAUUUAUGAAGAGCACGAUGUGCGCAUGAGGAUUAACAGUAAGUGCUCACUAAAACCGAAUGUGAUCUUACCGAAAAGUGGUAGUAGGUCAUUCAAAAUGUUUAUACUGUAUCGAUGCCACAUAUCCUUGAGAAUUUCUGAAAGUCAUUACAAAUGGGAUGGCAGCUGCCACUGCCACGUUAAGGCGGAUCGGUGUACGUUACCGUUCGUGUAUUCACGGCGCACCUUUAACCCUCGGUCACGGCAGUGUCCAGGUUGCCACGGCAAAGACUACCACUCGAUUCCUGCACACCUGUUUGCAGCGCAGGUUGGUGUGCGAGACGACCCCAUUUUCCGGAUUGCGCCACAUAUUACGAGACCCUAAUAA